AUGGCGAGUAAAGAGAUGUUCGAAGAUACUGUGGAGGAGCGUGUCAUCAAUGAAGAAUAUAAAAUCUGGAAGAAGAAUACACCAUUUCUGUAUGACCUGGUGAUGACCCACACUCUUCAGUGGCCGAGUCUUACCGUUCAGUGGCUUCCUGAAGUGACUAAACCAGAAGGAAAGGAUUAUGCUCUUCAUUGGCUAGUUCUGGGGACUCACACAUCUGAUGAGCAGAAUCAUUUGGUGGUGGCUCGAGUACAUAUUCCGAAUGAUGAUGCACAGUUUGAUGCUUCCCAUUGUGACAGUGACAAGGGUGAAUUUGGUGGCUUUGGUUCUGUAACAGGAAAAAUUGAAUGCGAGAUUAAAAUUAACCAUGAAGGAGAAGUAAACUGUGCUCGUUACAUGCCACAGAAUCCUCACAUUAUUGCUACAAAAACACCAUCUUCUGACGUGUUGGUUUUUGACUAUACAAAGCACCCUGCUAAGCCAGACCCAAGCAGAGAAUGUAAUCCUGAUUUUAGGUUAAGAGGUCACCAGAAGGAAGGCUAUGGUCUUUCCUGGAAUUCUAAUUUGAGUGGACAUCUCCUAAGUGCAUCUGAUGACCGUACUGUCUGUCUGUGGGAUAUAAAUGCAGGACCAAAGGAAGGCAAAAUUGUGGAUGCUAAAGCAAUCUUUACUGGCCACUCUGCUGUGGUAGAUGUGGCCUGGCAUCUGCUCCAUGAGUCACUGUUUGGAUCUGUUGCUGAUGAUCAGAAACUUAUGAUGUAAGAUGGGACCAGGUCCAACACCACCUCCAAGCCAAGCCACUUGGUGGACACUCACGCAGCCGAGGUCAACUGUCUGUCAUUCAAUCCCUACAGCGAGUUCAUUCUAGCAACUGGCUCUGCGGAUAAGACUGUAGCUUUAUGGGAUCUGCGUAAUUUAAAAUUAAAACUACACACCUUUGAGUCUCAUAAAGAUGAAAUUUUCCAGGUCCACUGGUGUCCGCAUAAUGAAACUAUUUUGGCUUCAAGCGGUACUGAUCGCCGUCUCAGUGUGUGGGAUUUAAAUAAAAUUGGAGAAGAGCAAUCAGCAGAAGAUGCAGAAGAUGGACCUCCAGAACUCCUGUUCAUUCAUGGAGGACACACCGCCAAAAUACCAGAUUUCAGUUGGAACCCCAAUGAGCCUUGGGUUAUUUGCUCGGUGUCAGAGGAUAACAUCAUGCAAAUAUGGCAGAUGGCUGAAAAUAUUUACAAUGAUGGAGAGUCAGAUGUCACGGCGUCAGAACUGGAGGGGCAAGGAUCUUAA